GCCGUGCCGCCGUGGGGGAGCAGUUGUUGGGCCCGCAAUUUCGUGGGGGAGAGAGAGCGUCAUAGUUUUACCGGACAACGACGGUUGCCAUUUUCACGCCGCUCAUCGACACCACAACCGCCGGGGAAAAUAUUUACAGCUCCGUCUCUAUGGAACCUAAAUCUUCUGCGCUUGCCGCUCCCCUGAAUCCGAAGACUCCGGAUUUCCCGGCGAGUCCGGUUCCGAAGAAACGAGACUUCCUCCUCCACCUCGAAGCCUACCUAUCCAAGCGAGACGGCGUCGACAAGCUGCUCAAAAUCUCCCGCUACGCCGCCAAGAUCGUCAUCGCCUCCUCCCUCCUCCCUCCCGGUGCCCCCCUAAACCACCGUCUCAAAUCCUUCGAAUCCAGCGUCGGCCUCAGCCGGAAAGCAUUCCGCCUCGGGAAAUUCGUGCAGGACCUCAACGCCCUCCGUUCCUCCUCCUCCUCCUCCUCCUCCGCCGAGCAUCUCCUCCUCUCUCUUCUCGCCUAUGGGGGCGAGGGGUUAUACUAUUUCGUCGAACAGUUCGUCUGGCUGGGUAAAUCGGGGCUGAUCGACAAGAAACACCUGAAUCGAUUGCAGAGAUUGAGCGCCUGGUGCGAGCUUAUAGGCUACGUGGGCAGUGUGAGCUUGAAGGUGAGGGAAUUACAGAGGAUCGCCGGGGACGAGACUUGUUUGGUUUCGAGUAUUGAGAUAGCUGUGGUUAGGGGUAUUGCCUGUGUAGAGGAGGAGGAGGAGCAGCUGAGGAAAUUGAGAGAGAAGAAGUUGAUGAAGAGGCUUUCAGUCUUGCAAGAUUUCGCAGAUGCUUUAAUGGCGGUAGCAGAUAUUAGAGAUGGCAAAGGGUUGCUUUCUGGGCAGCUGAUUGUCUCCUCCGCGGGGCUUUUUUCAGCCCUCAUCAGCACUCACAAGAAUUGGGUUUCCUGCUGAUCCCCAAUCUACCAUUUCCAGAAUCAGUCUACCGAAUAGGGACUUUUAAUAUGCUGAGGAAAUACCCUUUGUCCCAUCAACACGUUCUAAGGCUGUUCCCUUUUCAUUUCUGCCAUUUUCUUAUUUUCAAAGCAGGGGUGGGUGUUGCUUAGCCGAUGGGCAAGGUUGGUACUUGCUAGUAAAUAAACUGCAGACAUUUGCUUUCUUGGGAACCAUAUGCAUACUUAUCCAAUUAUUCACAAUUAUUGAUUAAUUGAAAAUCAAACAACUGAAAAUCACAUGAAUUUAACUCUUAAAAUGAAUUAUGUUUCUCCACUCCAUUCAAGAACACAAGAUGUGCAAUGUUGAUGAUACAUUGGUCAAGAUGAACAAUCCAGACCGAUUGGCAUGGAGUGGUGCAUCUAGAUAUCUUAUUUGUUUCGAGAUUGCCUCAAUAGAUUUUCUCUUAACGAGGUUAACAACUUUCAUAUGUUCCAUAUUUACGUUCUUUAUGCAUAUGCACUGCUGUCCUAAUAUGCUUUCACGUAUAUUAGUGUUCUACUCUAUUUGUUUACCAGAACAGUAUGAUCAUUGAAAUGUUUCUAAAUCAGAGUUAAACAUAGACAGACAUAGUAGGAGUAUUUAAAUAGGAGUUCAAUUAUUUCUGUAACUAAAUAAUGCUUCGUUCU